UGUGUGUGUUGCGAGCAGGUGUUUGUGUGAGGCAUCAGAGGGAGGGACACACACACCCUCCAAAAGAGCAGGAAAGACGGAGGCGGCAGCAGUUUUCGCUUUUUUCUUUCGUUUUUUGUUCUUUUUCUUCCUCAUCGUGAUCGUGGGAGGUGCUCUCUCUUCUCAUUUGCUGGCUCUGUCCAUCAUCUGCCUGCUCGUCUACUUCUCCGUCUAUCUCAUCUAUAAUUUCUGCUAUUGAUGAGCGGCGGAGGAGUGUGUGUUUCUGCUCUCCCUCCAUCAUCCUGAUGCUGGUGUGUUGUGAUUGUAGGAAACUCAGUUUCUUCAUGACACUGAACUGCGACGCUUCUCCAGAUGAGCAAACACACGCCACUCUUUCUGCUCUUUUACAAUCGGACUAAAUGUGAAGUGAGAGCGUUUCUGCUGCGCUAAAUGUGAACGGGACGCUGGAUCCAUACGAGGACUUUAUCAAGGACGUUUCUGACACAAUCACGUUGACUCUGUUCGGUGCUCUAAAAAACAGGACAUUGAAGAUCAGCAGCUCCAGAGGACAAACACGAAACACCCGGAAACAUAUUCAUGAAGAAUGAGAAAGAGGAGCUACAGAGAGAACACAGCAGACCGACUGUUAAAAGUGUCCACAGUAGGGUAUGAGAGCGCUACAGCAUCAUGCGGUUUCUGAGAUGGAGGAGUGAAAGUUCGGCUGCACACACACAAGGUUUCUCUUUUGCUCUCCGCCAUCAUGUCUUUCUGCAUUUACCGUGGCUUAGCUCCACCUUCUCAGGAAAAGCGGGUGUGGAUUUAUCCACUAGCCCCGCCUCUGCGUCCCUGGCCCUGCCCAUCGUUGUACCAGCUCUUCCUCGUGUGCCUGUUGCUACUGCCGCUGGCCUGCCAAUCGCGGCGGGACAGGGGCGGCGGUGGCGUGGCUCAUUACAUCCCGUCAUCGGUAGCGCAGUACCCGCCGGUACCAAAGCUGCUGCAGGGCCUGAGCAUCGCCGUGGUGCUGGUGGGCAACUCCAGCGAGGUGGCGCUCACCGGCACCCGCGACAAAGACGAUUUCACGCACAUGCCCCUGGCACCCAACGUGGAGGUGCUCACCAUGAACGAGACGGACCCCAAGAGCAUCAUCAAGAGCAUCUGUGACCUGAUGACGGAGCACUGGCUGCAGGGGGUGGUGUUUGGAGACGACACCGACCAGGAGGCCAUCGCGCAGAUCCUGGACUUCAUCUCCGCGCAGACGCACAUCCCCAUACUGGGCGUGAAGGGAGGCUCCUCCAUGAUCAUGGCCGCUAAGGAUGAUAACUCUAUGUUCUUUCAGUUUGGUCCGUCCAUUGAACAGCAGGCAUCUGUCAUGCUCAACAUCAUGGAGGAAUAUGACUGGUACAUCUUCUCCAUAGUUACCACUUACUACCCUGGUUACCAGGACUUUAUUACCAAGAUCCGCAGCACCAUUGAGAACAGUUUUGUGGGCUGGGAGCUGGAAGAGGUGCUGCUCUUGGACAUGUCCGUAGAUGAUGGAGAUGCCAAGAUUCAGAACCAGCUGAAGAAGCUUCAGAGUCCUGUGAUUCUCCUCUACUCCACCAAAGAAGAGGCCAACAUCAUCUUUGAGGUGGCUCAUUCUGUUGGCCUCACAGGAUAUGGAUUCACUUGGAUAGUACCAUCUCUAGUGGCCGGAGAUGCUGAUCACAUCCCACCUGAGUUUCCCACAGGGAUGAUCUCAGUGUCAUAUGAUGAGUGGGAUUAUGGUUUGGAGGCACGGGUUCGAGAUGGAGUGGCUGUAAUCACUUCAGCAACAUCCACCAUGGUGAUGGACAGGGGCCCGCACACGCUGCUCAAAUCUGAAUGUCACGGGACCCCCGACAAGAAGAGCACCAUUAACGGCAAUCCCAAUGAAGUACUCAGGUAUCUGAUGAAUGUGACGUUUGAAGGACGCAAUCUCUCCUUCAGUGAGGAUGGAUAUCAGAUGCAUCCGAAGCUAGUAAUAAUCCUGCUGGACAAAGACCGACAGUGGGACAGAGUGGGUAAAUGGGAAAACGGCUCUCUGUCGAUGAAGUAUCACGUAUGGCCAAGGUUCGAGCUUUACUCUGGAACGGAGAAUCGUGAAGAUGAUCAUCUGUCCAUCGUGACGUUAGAGGAAGCGCCAUUCGUCAUUGUAGAGAAUGUCGAUCCCCUCAGUGGAACCUGCAUGAGGAAUACUGUACCCUGCAGAAAACAACUCAAAUCAGUUAAUCGCACAGCUGACCCUGCAGUGUAUAUCAAGCGCUGUUGUAAAGGAUUCUGUAUUGAUAUUCUGAAAAAGAUCGCCAAGUCAGUGAAGUUCACCUACGACCUUUACCUGGUGACCAACGGCAAACAUGGCAAGAAAAUCAAUGGUACCUGGAACGGAAUGGUGGGAGAGGUGGUUUUGAAGAAUGCUCAUAUGGCGGUGGGGUCACUGACAAUCAAUGAGGAGAGGUCAGAGGUCAUUGACUUUUCUGUGCCCUUCAUAGAGACAGGCAUCAGUGUCAUGGUCUCCCGUAGCAACGGCACUGUGUCACCUUCUGCAUUCCUCGAGCCGUUCAGCGCAGAUGUCUGGGUGAUGAUGUUUGUGAUGCUGUUGCUGGUUUCUGCCUUCGCUGUGUUUUUCUUUGAAUACUUCAGUCCUGUUGGCUACAACCGCUGUCUCGCCGACGGCAGAGAGGCUGGAGGUCCAUCGUUCACCAUCGGGAAGGCCAUCUGGCUGCUGUGGGGUUUGGUCUUCAACAACUCUGUGCCCGUGCAGAACCCCAGAGGAACCACCAGCAAGAUCAUGGUGUCCGUCUGGGCCUUCUUCGCUGUGAUCUUCCUGGCGAGUUACACAGCUAAUCUGGCUGCAUUUAUGAUUCAGGAAGAGUACGUGGACCAGGUGUCGGGACUCAGUGAUAAAAAGUUUCAGAGACCAAACGACUUCUCGCCGCCGUUUCGCUUUGGGACAGUCCCAAACGGCAGCACCGAGAGAAACAUUCGCAAUAACUACAGAGAGAUGCACUCGUACAUGGUGAAAUUCCACCAACGUAAUGUGAAUGAAGCUCUGUACAGUCUGAAAACAGGAAAGCUGGAUGCGUUUAUUUAUGACGCUGCAGUGUUGAAUUAUAUGGCUGGCAGAGAUGAGGGAUGCAAACUCGUGACUAUUGGCUCAGGGAAAGUCUUCGCUUCUACUGGAUACGGAAUUGCAAUUCAGAAAGAUUCUGGAUGGAAAAGACAAGUGGACCUCGCAAUCCUACAGCUGUUUGGAGACGGUGACAUGGAGGAGUUUGAGGCACUCUGGCUCACCGGGAUCUGCCACCAUGAAAAGAAUGAAGUGAUGAGCAGUCAGCUGGACAUAGACAACAUGGCCGGUGUCUUCUACAUGCUGGGAGCCGCCAUGGCUCUGUCACUCAUCACCUUCAUCGCUGAACAUGUGUUCUACUGGCAUAUGCGCUUUUGCUUCAUGGGUGUGUGUUCUGGGAAACCAGGAAUCACCUUUGCCAUCAGCAGGGAGAUUUAUAGCUGCAUUCACGGAGUUGAAAUCGAAGAGAAGAGUUCGGCGCUAAAUUCACCCUCUGCCACCAUGAACAACACCCAUUCAAACAUCCUGCGUUUGCUACGCACUGCCAAGAACAUGGCGUCUCUUUCUGGGGUCAACGGCUCCCCGCACAGCGCCCUUGACUUCAUCCGCAGGGAGUCAUCCGUGUACGACAUCAGCGAGCACCGCCGCAGUCUCGCCGGUCACUCGGAUUGCAAGACCCCAUACCUGCCUGAGGACAACAUGUUCAGCGACUACAUCAGUGAGGUGGAGCGCACCUUUGGCAACCUGCACCUGAAGGACAGUAACUUGUACCAGGACCACUACCUGCACCACCACAAAGGCUCGACCCUGGGGCUCACUGGUCCGCCCCCUAACCGCCCCCACAGCCUGGGCUCAAGCAGUUCCCUGGAGGGAGGCAUGUUUGACUGUGAUAGUUUAGGUGGGGUUGUCGCUCCCAUCUUCAGCACGCAGCCACGCUCUGCCCUGACGCACAGGAACAUGAGCAAAUUUGACCUGCUGCAGAGCCAGAAUACACCGUCUGGACAAGGCUUGAAGCAGGGACUGGCCAACCUGUAUGGGAAGUUCUCAUUUAAAGGCAAAGCCUCCAGUUCAGGAUACAUCGCCGGUCAUGACCGGUACUGCAGCGGAGUUGACGAUGGAAACAUCCAUUCAGACAUGUCUGACAUUUCCACACAUACCGUCACCUAUGGCAACCUAGAGGGCAAUGCUAAGAAACGGAAGCAGUACAGAGACAGCUUGAAGAAACGGCCGGUGUCGGCCAAGUCCCGGCGUGAACUCGAUGAGAUCGAGUUGGGCUACCGUCGCCGCCAACACCAUGGUCAUUACCAUCACCACGGACAUCGCUCUGCCUCUCCUCAUUCGGAACGCAAGAGGGGAGGUGGUGCAAACUCAUCCACAUACCUGUUACAGGACAAGGAAAGCCUGAGGGAUUUCUACCUGGACCAGUUCCGGCCCAAAGAAGGCAUCCCACAGUGGGAGCACGUGGAUCUUACAGAUGGUCCCAGCGGGGGAGAUGGAGGAAACUGCACCAGCCUGGUGUCUGUGGAUGACUUCCUGAAGAGCAAACACAAGAAGAUGGACAGCAAGAGUGGGGGCAGCGAGUGGGAAUGUCGUACCUGUCGUGCCAGCAGUGCGGGCAGCAAACAGACUGCCCUGCAUGGGGGUGGACCUCUACAUGGUAGUGUGGGCUAUGUUGGCAGCGGCACUAGCUGUUUGGCAUCAGGGGGUGGUGGACUAGGGAGCAGCCGCCCCAGUUCAGCUACCUGUAUGCGUUGUGAAGCUUGCAAAAAAUCAGGCAACCUCUAUGACAUCAGAGAGGACAGUAACCACCUAUUAGACCAGCUAGGCGGUGGUAGUAGAGGCCAGACACCAGCGCAGCGUCGCAGGGCCUUCAGUGGGAAGCCAAUACGCCGGCAACAUUCUUACGACACCUUUGUGGACCUACAGAGAGAGGAGGCAGGGGGGAUAGGUGGGGCACUGGGGUUUGGCGGGGCAGAAAGUCUGGGUGGAGUGCUGCCACAGCCACGGAGCGUAAGCCUGAAGGAGAGAGAGCGCUGCAUGGAUGCCUCCAGUCCCUUUGCACAUAUAUUCGAACGUCAAGAUACAGACUGUGACCCACACUUCUAUGGAGGUGUUGAGAGAGGAAAGGGUGCAGGAUCAUCAUUCGGUUUGUUCAGAGCGGGAGAGGGUGCUCCUCAUCGGCGCUCAGUGGGAGAGAGGGACCUGAGAGACAGAGGAGUUAUAGAGGGGCCAGCGCACUCCUUAUCCAAAUCCCUCUAUCCCGACCAAGCCAACCACAACCCCUUCAUCCCUACGUUUGGAGAUGACCAGUGUCUGCUGCACAGCGCCAAGUCCUACUACAUUAGCAAGCAGCAGCAGUGUGCUGACUUGUGUGGCCCCAUGGGUGUUACCUCCUUCCUGCCGGUGUCCGCCGCUUCAGGAGUGAUGUCUAACUUGGCCCCACGCUUCCCUGCAGAGCUUUGCAUGGGGAACCACCACACCAGUAAGCUCAGCCUCGGUCCACCGCGACCUUUCAAUGGCAGUAACGGACACGUGUAUGAGAAACUCUCCAGCAUUGAGUCUGACGUGUGAAAUAUGGUGGGUUAAUAAAGACCGGCACUAAAUGCCACUGCCAUUAAGCACAUUCUGUUAUUAUGUAACUCUACAGCCAGAUUUUAGCAGAACACACAGAACUUGAGAGAAUUGAAAAUGUCAUUUCCUGUGAAGUUCACGUUAACACCAUUGGGUUCAUCUCUAUGAGCUGGUGAGAACAAGAGCAUGUCCAUCUGCUGAGCGAGUCUAAGAAGAAGCGCAGGAGAGCAGAUGGCCCGUUUCACCUCCGUCCCUCGCCACACCGCCAUCUCUGCUCUCCUAGCACCAGAACUGUCCAGUGUUGUACUUUUGUCUUUUGUGAAGAUACAAUCAUGAAAGUAUAAUAGAUGCUCAUUGAUAUUAUUAACAGGGUAAUUACUGUACCUCAGAAAUGCUGUGAAGUGACUGGUGGCUGGUAAUCAUUUGUUGAAAUCCAGUGGGUUUAAUUUGUCUUUUAUUUCCCAUGGUCCCACAGUUUACUUACACUAACCCUGUUCUAGAGGCCUCUGGCUGCAGACAUGGAGAGACGGGGUGAGCAUUAGUGAUAUUUGAAUGUGAUCACUCCAGUCUCCAAAUCAACCUCAUGUAUCCAUGACAACUGCCGGGGGGGGUGGAGACUUUUGUUCAAGUCUCUACUGCCAUGAUAUUUCGUAUCAGAUGAUAAAUUAUGCCGAUUUGCCCUGAGAUACCUUUAUAUCCGCAUAUCACGUGACUUUAGAUUGUGAAAGACAUGAAGGUGGAAAUGAUAGAGUUAGGUCAGUAUCAACGCUUUGUUUUGCCUGUAAAUACAUUUCUCUUUAUAUAUACAGACAAGGUCAACCUUUACUACAGCUUUUUCAAGUAUUUAACAAAUAACCAAAAUAACAAUUAAAACAGAACAAAACAACAAAAACAUAAAUAUGCAAAGUAGAGUAAAAUCAUUACUACUCAUGAUGUGAUAUUUUAAACAAGUUUGCUUUUUAAAUUCAUGUUUAUGACUUAAUUCUGAUAGUUUACUGCCUCCUAACCAGCUUCAUUUAGAGUUUACCUUUAAUCUUUUACUACAGUGUAACAGAGCUGAGCAGUGCUGUUGUGGAUAUAUUUAGUUUACUCAAUAGUCCUUGCUAUGUUUCUCUUCAAUUGUGUUCAAUGUCUGGCCACUUCUUAGAGAAGGUUUUUAGACACACACACACACACACACACACACACACACACACACACGCACGCACACGCACACACACACGCACGCACACAGAGUAUGUAUUAUGAUGUAAAGCAGGACUUUUUAACCCUUUCUAAGGAAUGACUGAUUUUGUAAUAUUAAUGAUUAGUAUGUUUAUAGGGUGUCAUUUGUUUCAAGUGUUAUUCUAAAGUGAGGUUGUGUCCUCACUUUAGGUCUAUUGCAUUAACAUUUCAGCUCCUCAUCUGUAAUGUUUCUACAGUUUGAGGAACUCUUAUGUCUUCGUUUUAGUACAUUAUUAUAUCAAAGCAUUUUCAGAGAGUUGAAGUCUGCAAUGUGAAUGCUCCUUUCAUCGCGCAGUAAUGUACUGGAUGUUUGAGUUUUUCUCACGGCUAACGCUGGCCGUAUAAAUAGGUUUAUAGUCUAGAUUUGAACACACACACACAUUUCGUCCCUGAUUUCACACGUACGUCACCCAGACGUCUAUUUGAUGUGUGUGUUUACAUCUGGAUGACAUAUUUGUUUAUGUUGAUUGCUCAUCUGCAAUUCGUCUAUAAGCCGUAUGUCAAUAAGUGUCUCUCAGAUGUCAAUAAGACCUUCAGCAGAUGUCUGAGACAUUUAUGAUUUAGAAUGUUUGUAAAUCUGAUCUUUUUAAGAUGUUUAGCAGAUGUUAAAGGUGCUGUAAGUGAUUUUACAGAUUUUCAGAUAUUACUGAAAUAAGUGUUGUGAGAUAACUCAGCGGUCUCUGUGACUGUAAACAGUGAACAAAUAUGUGUUUGCGGGACACGGAUUCUGACACUUUCAGCUGUCAAUCAUUUUGUGCAUUCUCAUAGUAUUGUAGUUGGAGAGAAUUAUUGAGGCUUAAUGCCAUUUUAAAGGCAUGUUGUUCAUAACAAUUGUCAGUUGAGGGCGCUGUUUUACUGCUGUUGUUUUUGACCACUGUGUCGAUCUCAAUGAAGAUCAUUUGGUUUCUUUGGAGGACAGGGAUUUGGAAAAAGAGGUCAUGGCUAAUCCAACAGCUCAUCUUGUGGAAAUUGCAGAAUGGCUAAAAUCUUUUACAGCACCUUUAAAUAGCUUGUGGUGCUAUCCAGAUGAAAAGAUCUCAGAGAUGUACGUGUGCUAUAUGGGUUCACAAUCCCUCACUGCUAAAGCUUAAGCUUUAUAUGCUUGAAAAUAUUUUUUUUUAGUGUUUAUAGAGAAAAUACGCCUAUUAAGCAUAGUUGUAGUUAUCCUUUUUCUAGUGUAUUCACAAUAUAUAAGCAACUUUAAACCUUUUGUUGACUACUAUAUUCUCAUUAUUCUAAGGUAAGUAUAGCUGGUUUGAAGUAUUCUACAGGUAACAAACACCCUGUUGUUAUAGUCAUAUCGCAUAUCUUUUAUUUUGUCACUCAUGAUGGGUAAUAAACGCAUGUGUGAGACAGUGACUUCUAUGUUAAAUACUCUUGUUGCUAUGGCAUUGCCAUGAUGUUACAAUGCUGUUCCCAUGGUAACUGCGGUGCAAGAGAAUGCGGGAUAAAUGAGUGAAUUGUUUCACUAUGGGGUAAAAUCACAUCCACUUUGAUAUGUUUUUACAUCAUUUUCAUCUAUACAAUGAUUCUUGUACAGAUUGUGUAUAUAAUAAUGAGAGAAUUGCUCUUUUUGUAUGACAUUAUGAACACAAACCUCAAUGACUUUAAUAGUGAGAGUGUUUUGAUGACUAUAUGAAGUUACGACACAAAUGAGGGAGCAGAAUUCUUUCACAUCCUGAAUAAAGCCAAUAA